GCACAUAGAAAGAACAUCAAGCUCUUUUAGCGAUAAUUUAGGUCCUCUUGCGAGGGAAAACUGCAGUCGCAAUAGAAGGCCGUGGUUUGCGUUCGUUGAAGGGAUGGCAGAGCCCCGGUUCAACAAUCCUUAUUUCUGGCCACCACCGCCCUCCAUGCCUGGUCAGCUGGAUAACCUGGUUCUAAUCAACAAGAUCAAAGAGCAGCUGAUGGCAGAAAAGAUCAGAGCUCUGCUUUUGCCACCCACCACUGUUCCCUCUCAGCAGACCCUGCUGGUGGCCUCACCGCCCUCAGACGCUGGCCAGCACGUGAUGUCCAUCCCCAAGCUGCAGCAGGUGCCGGGUCUGCAGGCCCACAACUCGCAGCCAGACAUCGCCCUACACGCUCGCCCAGCCUCCAGCACAGUGGCAGAUUUGAACAUGGAUGAUAAGUCAGCUGUGAAGGCUAAAGGAUUAUGGGAAGACUGGCAUAUGCGCCAAGCUGUUGACCAGGCUGCAAGAGUAAACCAUCGUUCAGACUUGGGAUUGAAAAUGUACCAUGACUCCUUCUGUAAGUUUCUCACAGCUAACAUCAGACAGCCUAAUUUAAACACCCCGAACAUUAAAAAAAACUACGAAACACAACCAUGUUCUUCCUCUUCAACGCCAGGCCUGACACCAUCGUCUCGAGCAGACACCCACAGCACUUCUGAGGCCAUGACCCCCACCACGCCUACGUCCAGCAGUCAGAACCGGCUGGGGGGAGCACCGUCCUUGAACGUGAUCUCGGGCCUUGCCAAUGGCCCUGGCAUGGACCAGGUGAAAAGCGGCAGCCUGGCAGGGAUGCUGGGCCCACAGCCCAAGGCCCCGCGCGGCCGCAAGAAGAUCAAAGCGGAGAACAGCACGGGACCUCUGCUGGUGGUACCCUAUCCCAUCUUGGCCUCAGGCCCUGACCAGUCCGUCACCAUCGCCAAAGAGGGCAAAACCUACAGGUGUAAAGUGUGUCCACUCACCUUCUUCAACAAGUCAGAGAUGCAGAUUCAUUCCAAGUCCCACACAGAGGCCAAAGCCCAUAAGUGUCCGCACUGUUCGAAGACUUUCGCCAACGCCUCGUACCUAGCGCAGCACCUCCGCAUUCACUUGGGGAUCAAGCCUUACCACUGCUCCUACUGUGAGAACUCCUUCCGCCAGCUGUCUCACCUGCAACAGCACACCAGGAUCCACACUGGGGACAGGCCAUAUAAGUGUGCCCACCCUGGAUGUGAAAAAGCAUUCACGCAACUCUCGAAUCUACAGUCUCAUCAGCGGCAGCACAACAAAGACAAGCCGUACAAGUGUCCGAAUUGCUACCGUGCCUACACAGACUCCGCCUCCCUUCAGAUCCACCUGUCAGCACAUGCUGUGAAAAACGCUAAAGCCUACUGCUGCAGCAUGUGUGGCCGCGCGUACACAUCAGAGACCUACCUUAUGAAGCACAUGUCCAAACACACAGUAGUGGAGCACCUCGUAAGCCACCACUCGCCACAGAGAACAGAAUCUCCCAGUAUCCCCAUACGUGUCUCUCUCAUCUGAGCUUCCUCUACUUCUCUUUUCACCUUCUCUUUCUUUAAAGGGAAAACAUGGGGUUUUUUGGGAUGUUUGUGCCUGCUAGGCUGCUCUUCUGUUGAGAAAUAAGAAGACAGGAAUACGCAGCCCCCCUCAGUCCUCAAAGGACACCAUAUCUAUUAUGUUCUUUGUUAUUUUAGCCAUUUAUUAAUGAUCCAUGUAGCUGCUCAACUGGCUACAGUCUUGGCACCUGGGCUCCAAGGAGAAUCAGCACCUGGAGCCAGGCUCAAUGGGAAUCUAGACAUGCAUCCCGAGGACAGGGCAACAGGUUUGUCCCUGCUGGCUCCUUCUCACAUUAUGUCAUGGAUGGUGUGCUAGGGAGACAUCCAAAGAUAAGCUUUAAGCACUUUUCCAGCCUUGGGGUUUUAGCUCGGAAGCUUGCAUGGUUUUCAGACGGGAAAGUAAAGGCCUUGCUUUGGGCUAUCACUCUUAGAAAGUUGAACUGCUUUUUGUGUUUGUCAGUUUGUCGCCAUUUUAGUUAAGGCGCCAUCAGGUUUACAGGGUAUGUGUUUCAGUCUUCGUGUGGAAAUGACUAUUCCUCCACUUUAAGCUUCUUUAACCCUUGAUGAACAGAUAUCAGAUCCUGGGUUAAAAAUGAAAAGUAAUAUCACAAGUCAUGCUUAAAUGUGUUGUCUAUAUGGUGAGCAUGGUUUUGGGAAGGGCAUUUCAGAAGUUGCGAAUCCUAGCAGCUAGUUUAUGAAUUUACCGUUUAAAGUGUGGACACAAUGGAGUAAAGCAUGGCUAAGAGUUCAGGUAGCAGUGCUAGAAGCAAAUGGCGUGAAACAGUCAGCUGUUUCUGUAACUUGGUAUUGUUACCAGAAUAGCGCAUAGGGCUGAAUUCUGAGCUGGCUUUACUAUCUCAUGCACAAACUUUACUAAAUUGUACCUGCACUUUAAACUAUAAAUUUUAGUGUCAGGUCCCAGAUUUUGUAGAGGACAGAUCUUGUGGGCCAUUGUUAUGUGGUAAUAGUCCUUUUUAUUUUUUUACUGUCUUAGAAGACAUUGAAAAUUAAAAAACAAAAACAAAACAUAAAAAACAUUGUGGCUCUGAAGAACCCAUAGAAAUUGUACAAAGAUAAGAGUGCCAGUCUGACCAGGUGCUCUCUAAAAUAAUUGCUUGUCUUAAUUACAUCACAGAUGUAUCCUUUCUGUUGUGCAAUGUCAUGGAAAUCCAAUUAGGUUUUCCUCUGCUCUCCCUCCUGUAAGUCAAGCCAAACCGCUUUCCUUUUUUUCCUCAGCACUUAUUCAGACUAAUUGCGUUGUGCUAUUGUGCAUUUAAUGGGUCAAUGUAAUGACACGGAGGUGCUAGUCAAGUAUAAAGUGUCAUAACCAGAACCGCACGCCCUGGCCAACGUGUGCGUGCUCAGCCAAGCUUUACGUUUCCUCCAUCUAAAAUCAUUAGUGCAAAGCAUGUUGACAAAUGACAAUUGAAUGGAAGUCACGGGUCUGUUGAGUUGGGGGUUUUUUUUGGGGGGGGGGGUGUUUUGUUUUUUGUUUUUUACAGAAGGGUAAAUUUUAAAAAAAUCAUGAAUUUGGGAAGGAAAAAUUGCUACAAAGAUCCAUGGGUAAAAUCUCAAAAUGAUUUUCCUAUUUGCAUGUUGUGUCAAAAUAGCAGCUCUUUGGCUCAGAGUUGGGUAGUAGUAUAAUGUACAAAGAAAUUACUCAAGAUUCUCCUUCAUUGUGGCUAUAAAUCUAAGGCCAGUAUCCUGAGUAAAGUAAUUUAUCUCAUAAUGUACAUCAGAAUGUAUUGUAAUAGAAAAAAAAAAAAAAAUCCUCUAACAGUAUUAAAAUUGAGUCUUCCACUCACUAAUUUUGAAUGUUAAAAAAAUGGUCACCAUAGAUGGAGGCUGAUUUAGAUCAAUCAGUUUUGAUAUGUACCAGUGUUGUCCUGCUGGUUACCAGAGUGCUGGUAGAACCCCAGACAAAAACCUCACCGUACUAUUGACUUUGGUUUAGAUAUUCUGUAAAGGGAUUGCAUUUCUAUGAAAAAUUACCCCAAAAUACUUUUACAAAACAUGAUAUGCCCUGGAUUUUAAGUAUGAAUAUUAGCACAAUGUAAUAUUACCUAAGAAAUAAAUGAGUAUUUGGCCCUUUAGUGCUUUGCAACCUUAUGCUCCAUUGGGCCAGUGUUGAGGAGUAUUUGUUGAGGAGUGGUGGUAAAAAGGGUCAACACAUCCCUGUUCUUUUGCUUUCACAUGUGAUGCAGUAUAUAGUAUGGUUAGUAUGGAGUACAAAACAGUAGUAUUCAGUAUUAAUCUUUUAAGAAAAAAUAAAAAUUAAAAAAAAAAACUUCUGAAAGUGGGCCCAGACAACCUGUCAUCAAAUUUAUGUGCAGGUGCUUACUGGAAAUGACAUUCUGCACAUAAGUACACAGUUUUGCUUAAACACAUCUUUAAAUGUAUAAACUCUGUUAGUUCAGUAGCUAUAUUUCCAAGGAAAAAAAACACACCAGACCAAAAUGUUGUAUUACACUCGCUGAUCCACUGAAGCAUACCUAGUCUUUUGACUUAAGUGGGUCUCAUUCGUUUUGUGUUGUCAAGCAACAAUGCAGCUACGUCCAUAGCAAUUUUUUUGUCUUCAGUCAUACUAUACCAGUCACUUGUUAAGCUCAUAUUAUUUAAUUCAUGAACAUCUGAGAAACUGCCAGAACAUUUUAUUAAUAUGUACAUUUUCUUAUUUUUAUUUUAUUGCUGUUUUUUCUUGUUGUCUUCAUAGGACCAUAAACUUGCUCCCUGAACCUUCCCAAAUGUUAUUGCCAUAAUUUUUGUGAUGGUUUACCAAUUCAUACAAAUAUCGGUUUGAAAACACUUGUAAAUGUGACCAAAAUAAUCAAUUUAAUUUAGCCCAGUGUUUCCUUUUAAAGAAGAUAACUGAUGUUUCCGUCUGUUACAGCUUUUCCUUAAAAUGAAAAUGUAUGUCUCCCUACAUUUAAAAAAUAUACAGGCCAGGUAAGGUGUACUUUCUCAUAGCAAACCUCUAAUGAAUGUUGUUUUGAGUACUUGGUAGUGUCUCUCAGUGAGGCCUAACAAGAAUCUUCUCAUUGUGUGUUAUGAAACGUCUAUAGAGAGGUAUACUGCAGAGCUCAAGGAUGUUCGCAUAUCAAAGCCUUAGUCGGGAUGUUUUCGAAAAUUUGGGGUAUUUAUAGUUCCCAUAGCGUUCCCAUCCCAUAGUUUUCUUUUUUCCCCUCUUCAUUUUCUUUUAAAACAAGAUUAGUCCUAUGAAUAGGUUGACACUAUUUAGCAAUAAAACAAUGCAUCCUAACUAGGGCUUUUAAUAUAAGACUCAGAUUACUUUAGCCAGUUGAUCACCUGUCUAAAUCCCCCUAAACCAAUUAGAUGUGUACAUUUACUAUAAAGUAUACUAUGUAUUCAUUAAUAGUGCAAAUUACAAGGUUUAAAUACUGUGCUUUGUUCAUUUAUGUACCUGUAUUUCCAAUUAUUAAUAAUUUUGAGUACUUGUUUCUAGUAUCCAUCUUUUUGUUCUUAAGCCUUAAUUUUACUAUUGUUCUAUGACGGUUGUAUUUCUUUCCCCCCCUUGAUGCUGAUGUUUUCAGUAUGUUUUAAGUCUUCUUUUUUUUUCCCUCCGCAUGGAAUUAUCUGACAGUAAUUGUUAUUAAUGAACUGUUAACAUAUAUUAUGUAUGGCAUUGUUACAUAUGUCUAGAAAUUUACUUUUUUUUUCAUUUGUCUUGCAUUGCAGUCUCAUAUUUGGCUCAAUAUGCACAGACAAUACAGAAAAAAUGACUUUAGAAAAUAUCAGUGUCAAGAACACUUUGUAUCUUUAUCUUGUUUAAUAAACUCAGACUGUUAUAUGUGU